AUGACUGACACAAAGAAUACAUCAGUAUUGACAACCUCUACUGGUUCUCCAGUUGAUGACAACCAAAAUUCCGUCACUGCAGGUGAAUACGGUCCCGUCUUAUUAUAAGACUUCCAUCUUAUUGAUAAGUUGGCUCACUUUGACAGAGAAAGAAUCCCUGAAAGAGUCGUCCACGCCAAAGGUGCUGGUGCUUGGGGUUACUUCGAAGUUACCCAUGACGUUACCAAGUUCUGCAAGGCCAAGGUCUUCGAAACUGUUGGUAAGAGAACUCCCGUCUUCACCAGAUUCUCUACCGUUGGUGGUGAAAAGGGUUCUGCUGAUACUGAACGUGAUCCUCGUGGUUUCGCAGUCAAGUUCUACACUGAAGAAGGCAAUUGGGAUAUGGUUGGUAACAACACUCCCGUCUUCUUCAUUAGAGACCCCAUCAAAUUCCCUGACUUCAUUCACACCCAAAAGAGAAACCCUCAAACCAACCUCAAGUGCGCUAACAUGUUCUGGGACUUCCUUUCCUAGGUUCCUGAAUCUGCUCACUAGGUUACCAUUUUGUUCUCUGACAGAGGUACUCCCGAUGGUUACAGAAGAAUGAACGGUUACUCUUCUCACACCUUCAAGUGGGUUAAUGAAUAAGGUGAAGCCUUCUGGGUUAAGCUCCACUUCAAGACUGACUCUGGUAUUAAGAACUUCACUGCUGCUGAAGCUGAUGCCCUUAAGUCUACCAACCCUGACUACGCUACUGAAGACCUCUUCAAGCACAUUGCUUAAGGUGGUAGCGCUUCUUGGACCUUAAACGUCUAAGUUAUGCCCAUUAACGAUGGCUACAAGUACAGAUGGAACAUUUUCGAUGUUACCAAGGUCUGGCCCCAUGGUGACUAUCCUUUGAUCCCUGUUGGUAAGCUCGUCUUAAACAGAAAUCCUGAAAACUACUUUGCUGAAACUGAAUAAUCUGCUUUCUCUCCUUCCCACUUAGUCCCUGGUAUGGAACCCUCUUUGGAUAAGAUGCUCUAAGGUCGUCUCUUCUCUUAUCCCGAUACCCACAGACACAGACUCGGUGCUAACUACGAUCAAAUUCCCGUUAACUGCCCCUACAGAGCCAGAGUAUCCAACAACUAACGUGAUGGUCCCAUGUGCGUCAACGGUAAUCAAGGAUCUAGAGUCAACUACGAACCUACCACUUUCCACAACUACAAGGUUAGACCCGAAACCAAGCUCUCUACCCAAAGAGUCACUGGUUUAGUUGGUCGUUUCAAACCCGCUCACCCCAACGAUGACUUCUCUCAACCCGGUGCUUUGUUCCGUAAGGUCAUGUCAGAUAAGGAUAAAUCUAACACCGUAAGCAACAUUGUUGGCCACAUUAAGAAUGCUAACAGAGAUAUCCAAGAAAGAUAAGUCAGAAUCUUCUACAAGUGCGAUGCUGAAUACGGUUCAAAGAUUGCUACCGCUCUCGGCUUCCCUGCUAACAGAUCUAACCUCUGA